ACGCAUUACUGCAUAGUGACAAAAUGGAGUCAAAGUUUUGUAUAAUAUUACAAAGUACAAAGUAUAGGAGUAUGUAAUAUAAUUUUUGCAGUAAAGGGAAACGUUCUGAAGUAAUUUUGUCUAGUUUUUCUAUUUUUUUUAUACAAUUUUUGUGAUUAUACCAUUCAGAACAUAUAUAACUGCGUACUAUUUCUAAAUUUUCAUAACCUAUUCUUUUCUAUUUGUAUUUUUUGUAAUGUAAUAUUUUGAUUCUUGCAUACAAUGGUAGAAGAAAUUGUUAAUUCUGCUAAUAAACCAAAGAACAAAACUACUAGACCACGUCCAGUUUAUUUAUGGAAUGUGUUAGAUGUACAAAAAUGGUUAAGGAGACACUGCAGCGAUUAUUAUCAAUUGUAUCAUGAAAAAUUUCUUUACCAUGAUAUCACUGGGAGGGUUUUGCUCAGAAUAAAUGAAAAUAUUCUAUUGAGACUUGGAAUUGAUAAUGAGCAACACAGAAUGGAUAUUUGGAGAGAAAUAAUGAAAUUACGUCUCAAAACGGAUAUGUUAGAGAUUAAAGAUAUUGAACGGCGUAAUAAUAUGAAUUUUGAUUAAUGAAUUGCUUGACAUAGAACUAUAGUUUUUACAACAGUUUAUAACAUAUCUUUUCCCAAUAUUAUAAUGUUAUUUUAUUAUAAUAUAAUAUUAUAUACAAUGCAAUUUUUUAAAACCAAAUGUAUUAAAUGAAUGUACUUUAUUUUAGUUAAGAUUAAUACUGAUUCUGUUAUUACGAGUUAAAUUUAAAUAUGUGAUAAAUAUAGAUAUAUAGGAACA